AUGCCGACGACCUCGGAAGAAAUGAGCAUGAUAUCGGCGGCCACGACCGUCAUAGUGCACCCUCUCGUGCUAUUGUCUGUGACGGAUCACGCUUCGCGUGUGUCGCUGAGCGCGCGCAAGCGCUGUGUGGGCGUGCUUUUAGGCCAGGACAAUGGCAAGUCGGUCAAUGUGGCCAACAGUUUUGCGGUGCCGUUCGAAGAGGAUGAAAACGACCCCAAGACGCUUUUUUUGGACCAUGACUAUAUUGAGGGCAUGCUCGAGAUGUUCAAGAAAGUCAACGCCCGUGAGAAGAUGAUCGGGUGGUACCACACAGGCCCCAAGCUGCGAUCGUCGGACCUUGAAAUCAACGAGAUGCUUAAGCGCUUCACGCCACGGCCCGUCAUGGUGAUCAUUGAUCCGCGCCGCGAAGAUGUGGGUAUCCCGACCGAUGCGUACAUUGCCGUGGAGGAGAUCAAGGAUGAUGGCACAGCGACACAAAAGACAUUUAUGCACGUACCAUCGACGAUCGAGGCAGAGGAGUCCGAGGAAGUGGGUGUCGAGCAUUUGCUGCGUGAUAUUCGCGACACGUCAACGAUGGGCUCUCUAUCCGAUCGGGUCUCGCAGCAGCUUGCUUCACUGCACGGCCUGCAUCGCCGCCUCUUGGACAUCCGCGAGUACCUGUCCGCCGUGCUCCGCGGCGAGCUUCCCGUGAACCACGAAAUUAUCUACGAACUGCAGAAUGUAUUCAAUUAUCUGCCUGAUCUCGAGAAGCCCGAGACGGUGCGCAGCUUCCGCGUGGCUAACAAUGACCGCCUGCUUAUUGUAUACCUCAGCAGCCUGAUUCGUUCGGUAAUCGCUCUGCAUGCCCUUGUGAAUAACCGUCUAGAAAUGGCGCGUGGCGAACACUCUGCCACCACGGCUCCCGCAUCCCACAAGCACGACGAGGAGCACGUCAAAACGUAG